GAGUUCCAUUGACCUUUUCCUCCACCGGAGGAUCCGCUCGCUCUCACAUUCGUCACUCAACUUGAGAGCAGAUCUAGAAUGCGGGAGUGCGAAGGAGCCAGCCUGUGAGGCGGCAGGGCGGGCGCUGAGGGAAGAGGGCAGUCCCCGUGCUCGCUCCUGAUCUCUCUCUCUCCUCCUUGGCUGCGCCUGCCACUUCCCAGCGGCGGUGCCUAUGGUGGGGGGGGCGGCUCAUGGUGUCACCCCAUCUCGCGGUGUCACCCAGUGCAACCCGCACCUGUCACACCGCCAUAGUGACGCCCCUGAAGCCAUAGGGAGACAAGGGGAAGUCUCCAGCAGUAUUGUUUACAGUGAGUGGCUGGUGGUGCUGCCUAGCAGUGGGAUCUUGUGAGACCUGUGCUAGAGCGGAGUGAGAAAAAAUGAAAAUGACGAUCCUGACUGGUGGUGUCCUGAGGUGGUGCCUAGUCAAAGGCGGUAGCCACAAGCAGGUGGGAACCUGACAGGGGGAGCAAAAGGUGGGAACGUCACAAGGACCACUAUCCUGGAGCGUUUUGAACUUUCAAGCAAACAAGGAACUGGGAACCAAAUCCAGAGGCCUGACGUAGCAGGAACCUCCGCGCCUGCGCCCUGGAUUUGCACCAGGGGCAGAGCCUGCAAGAAGUUUGCCCAGAGCGCGCCUGGCAUUCAGUCCUCCAGCGGGGAAAGGAACUGAGCUCUGCUUCCUAGAGAGGCAGGAUGUGGUCAUGCAAAUAGGAGGGAGGGAGACAAUAGCGAAGCAAGGAAGCAAACAGGCUUGAUUAAUUUCCUAACAGGAGGAGGAGGAGGAGGAGGAGGAGGAAGGCUGGAUCGUGGCCAAUCGCAAGAGAAAGGAAGACGUGCAGCAGUGGGGGGUCUGGUGAACUUUGAGGAGGAGGAGGAGGAGGAGGAGGCAGCAGCUGUGCAUUUCACGGAGGAGGAGUGGAUCUCCUGGAUCCGGGCCAAAGCGCUCUGCACAGGGAAGCCAUGGAGGAGAAUUAUGAGAUUGGAGCCUCUUUCAAAUCGGAGCUCAAUUCCUGUUUGGAAGACGGAGAGGAUCUUCUUAUUCAGGUUCCCAAAGAGGAGGAGACCUCAGCAGAACGAGACCUCGCUUCCUGUAAGGAAGAAGGAGAAAGUCUGUUUAUCCAGGUCCCCAAAGAAGAGGAGGAGGAGACCUCAGCAGAGCUAGGCCUCAUUUCCUUUUCGGAAGGAGGAGAAGAAGAUCCACUUGUCCAGGGUCUCAAAGAAGAGGAGGCGGAGACAUCAGCAGAACCAGACCUCAUUUCCUGUUGGGAAGGAGGAGAAGAUCCGGUGAUGCAGGAACCCAAAGAAGAGGAGGAGACCUCAGCAGGAUACAUCUGGGGAGUCAAGGCUGAGGGAGAACCAUCUGAAGUAUCACUGGAAAAAGCUGAUCAGAAACUGAGGAGUCAAGAUGGAGCAAAGAGACAAGAGGAGCGACAGACUCACACAGGGGACAAACCUCAUACAUGCUUGGAGUGUGGAAAGAGCUUCAGGUGGAGUAGCCACCUUACUUCGCAUCAAAGAACUCACACAGGAGACAAACCUUAUCAAUGCUUUGAGUGUGGAAAGAGCUUCAAGUGGAGUAGCCACCUUACUUCGCAUCAAAGAAGUCACACAGGAGACAAACCUUAUAAAUGCUUCGAGUGUGGAAAGAGCUUCAGUCACUAUAGCACCCUUAGUAAACAUGAAAGAAUUCACACAGGGGACAAACCUUAUAAAUGCUUGGAGUGUGGAAAGAGCUUCAGUCGGAGUAGCCACCUUACUAGGCAUCAGAGAUGUCACACAGGAGACAAACCUUAUGAAUGCUUGGAGUGUGGCAAGAGCUUCAGUGACAGUAGUGCCUUUAGUAAACAUAAAAGAACUCACACAGGGGACAAACCUUAUAAAUGCUUCGAGUGUGGAAAGAGCUUCAGUCAGAGUAGCCACCUUAUUUUGCAUCAAAGAACUCACACAGGGGACAAACCUUAUGAAUGCUUGGAGUGUGGAAAGAGCUUCAGUGACAGUAGUGCCUUUAGUAAACAUAAAAGAACUCACACAGGGGACAAACCUUAUCAAUGCUUGGAGUGUGGAAAGAGCUUCAGUGACAGUAGUGCCUUUAGUAAACAUAAAAGAACUCACACAGGAGACAAACCUUAUCAAUGCUUCGAGUGUGGAAAGAGCUUCAGUGACAGUAGCCACCUUACUUCGCAUCAAAGAAUUCACACAGGGGACAAACCUUAUCAAUGCUUGGAGUGUGGAAAGAGCUUCAGUCAGAGUUGUAGCCUUACUGUGCAUCAAAGAACUCACACAGGAGACAAACCUUAUAAAUGCUUGGAGUGUGGAAAGAGCUUCAGUCGGAGUAGCCACCUUAUUUUGCAUCAAAGAACUCACACAGGAGACAAACCUUAUCAAUGCUUUGAGUGUGGAAAGAGCUUCAGUGACAGUAGCAACCUUACUUCGCAUCAAAGAAUUCACACAGGGGACAAACCUUAUCAAUGCUUGGAGUGUGGAAAGAGCUUCAUUCAGAGUGGCCACCUUACUUGGCAUCAAAGAACUCACACAGGAGACAAACCUUAUAAAUGCUUAGAUUGUGGAAAGAGCUUCAGGUGGAGUAGCCACCUUACUUCGCAUCAAAGAACUCACACAGGAGACAAACCUUAUAAAUGCUUGGAGUGUGGAAAGAGCUUCAGUCAGAGUAGCACCCUUACUUCGCAUCAAAGAACUCACACAGGGGACAGACCUUAUCAAUGCUUAGAGUGUGGAAAGAGCUUCAGUUGGAGUAGCACCCUUACUAACCAUCAAAGAUGUCACACAGGGGUCAAACCUUUUACAUGCUUUGAAUGUGGAAAGAGUUUUAGUCAGAGUAGUGCUCUUAUGGUGCAUCAAAGAACUCACACAGGGGACAAACCUUAUAAAUGCUUUGACUGUGGAAAGAGCUUCAGUCAGAGUAGCCACCUUACUUCGCAUCAAAUAACUCACAUAGGGGACAAACCUUAUAAAUGCUUUGACUGUGGAAAGAGCUUCAGUCAGAGUAGCAACCUUAGUAUACAUGAAAGAACUCAUACAGGGGACAAACCUUAUAAAUGCUUGGAGUGUGGAAAGAGCUUCAGUCGGAGUGGCCACCUUACUUCGCAUCAAAUAACUCACACAGGGGACAAACCUUAUCAAUGCUUGGAGUGUGGAAAGAGCUUUAGUCGGAGUGACACUCUUAGUAUACAUGAAAGAACACAUACAGGUGACAAACCUUAUCAAUGCUUGGAGUGUGGAAAGAGGUUUAGUCGGAGUGACACCCUUAGUACACAUGGAGGAACUCAUACAGGUGACAAACCUCAUAAAUGCUUUGAGUGUGGAAAGAGCUUUACUUGGAGUAGUCACCUUACUUCACAUCAAAGAACUCAUACAGGGGACAAACCUUAUACAUGCUUGGAGUGUGGAAAGAGCUUCAAGUGGAGUAGCGCCUUUACACAACAUCAAAGAACCCAUACAGGGGACAAACCUUAUAAAUGUUUUGAGUGUGGAAAGACCUUCAGUCAGAGUAGCAACCUUGCUUCGCAUCACCAAAGUCAUACAGGGGACAAACCUUAUAAAUGCUUUGAGUGUGGAAAGAACUUUAGUCAGAGUAGCAACCUUUCUUCGCAUCAAAGAAGUCACACAGGGGACAAACCUUAUAAAUGUUUGUAGUGUGGAAAGAGCUUCAGUCAGAGUGGCCACGUUACUUUGCAUCACAGAACGCAUACGGGGAACAAACCUUAUACAUGCUUGUAGUGUUGCAAGACCUUUAGUCAGAAUGGCUACCUUCAGGCACAUGAAGGUAUCCGUACAAGGGAAGAGAUGUAUAAAUGCUUUGAACGUGGAAUAAGCUUUAAGCAGAGUUCAACUCUUUAUGUGCAUGAGAGUAUCCAUAUGGGGAAGCCAGGCUACCAACAGGAUUUUUAUGGGGAGUCUCAGACCCCCGACAAUCUUCUUCUCUUAGCUUAAACACAGACUGUUGCACUUCCCUUCACCUGCUGUCUUGGUGGCCUGUCAGUUUUUCCUUUGCAGAGACAGAGGCUGCUUUCACACAGGGGGCUAAUCGUGCUGUUUUAACGGAUUAAAAAGGUAGUGCUUCUGUCCCGAAUUCUAAAAUCCCUUUUACACUGCAGUACCUCUUGCGAUGAGGAACAGUACUUUUUCAGCUGAUACAGCAGCAUUUGUGGAAUGAACAGAGCCUCGUUCCCAUUCCUCUCCUCAGAUAGCACCACAUGCACAGUGUAUUUCCUUCAUUUUUUAAAAUUGCCUCAGUGUAUUCCGAUAUACUGGUAGUGCAUUGUGGUUGUGCUUAGAAAUUGAGUGUAUGGUUCUCAUUCAAAUGAUUCAACUUUAUCUUCAGGCUAUGAUUAUUGUGUUUAAAAGAACAGGCCAAAAGAUAUUACUCUACCGGAGGAGGCAGUGGCAGGGGAGAAAGGGAGACAUCAGAUUCUCAUUUAUGUGAGGAAACAUUUCUUGAGGAGACAUGCCACCAUGAGGCAAAUACAAAAGUGCCCAAGGAAUACUGUCCCCUCAGUGCUUGUUGCCCUGAAAUCACUUCAGCUUGACUGUGUGGAAAGAUGUUGGGGGGUGUACCCAGCAGACUCUGGAUGGUGGGAAAACUUUGUGAUGGCUGUGUGGGAGGAUGAACAUUGGAUUAGGAAUUUCCAUAUGAGUAGAGCCACCCUGUUCAAAACUGCUGAUUUUCUCAAGCGUCGCCUGCAGCGCCAUAAUACGUCAAUGAGGACAGCCUUCCCUCUAGAAAAAAGGGUGGCAAUAGGAAUUUGGUGGCAGCUAAUUUGGUGGCUAGGAAAAAUCCCAGAGCCCUUUUGGACUGUUUUCUCUCAGAGUUCUCAUAAUCUAUUAGUGGAUACAUUAUUAAAAGCUGAGCAAGAACUAUAUGGUAAAAAACUAUAGGCAAUAUUAUGGUUUAAGCCAAAAACAAUGAUCAGCAAGUAACAUUUCCUCACAUCUACAAACACAAUAUUUAAAGUAUGGCUCAACGGUGUACAAAAGUUACCUCCUGGUUUCUCCCCUUUGAUCUCAAUUUUGAGAAAUAAAUUUGUAAAUAAUCAAGUACAAGAAAGAAUCGCUCAUCACCUAUGGGGGAAAAAUGCUUUACUGAAGCAACUGGUUUAAACAAGGAUCUAUCACUUCCUAUGAAAACAUGGUUGCAAUUUUGAAUAACGAGAGACCUCAAUUUUUUCAGUUUUUACAAGUAAAACACAUAGCAGAGCAGAUCAAGACAAAAUACAGAGUUCCACGUUCAUCUACCAUUUUUGAAAUUUUCUUACUUUAGCCAGAGAAAAGGACAGCUAUUGCUAAAAUAUAUCAGAUUCUCUCCUUAGUGAAAAUACAACAAUUACACCCAACGACACGUACAAAAGGAAAUGGAGUGCAGAUCUAAAGAAAUGUCAUUUAUCCGUGUUAGGAGAGGAGCGGACUUGGUUAUUUAAGAACAUCCCAAUCACAUUAUCAAGUCCCAAUCUGAAAGAAAACAUCUUUAGAACAAUUGAUGAAUGGUACUUAAUACCACACAGGUUAAGCAAAACACUUUAUCAAAAUUUGUCCUGUUGGAGAUGUAGAAGAAUUAACGCAGACUUCGUAGUAUGUGUUUUCUGGAGUUGUGCCAAAGUAAAACCCUUUUAGAAAAGAACUUUAGAUUUAAUACAGGAAAUGACAGGCCAACAAUAUCAAGAAAUCCCUGAGCGAUUCUCCUGUGGAUGUUCUGUGGAGGAGUCACAAAUGUGGACUCCCCAUUUCAGAAAUGGAAAAACGGCAAACCCCCAAGUUGAGAAGAAGGAACUUUUUUUUACUUUUUUCCUUAACUUUCUCCCAUCCCCCUCAACGUUUCUAUAAUGUGAUGCUUUUGUAACCCAAGUUGUGUCACAGCAAUCAACCUUCUUCUAGAAUGUUUUGUACUUUUGUUCCCUUUACAUUUCAGCUUUGCUUUGUUGGUGAGCACUCAUUGUAGGCAAAUGUAAAAGCCGGAAUUUAAUACUUUAGAAAAAAAAGAGGCAAGAAAGCAAGCGCUGCUCUGCCUCCUCCCACCCCCAGUCCUGGAUCGCAGUGGCGUCAGUAGGAGUGGUGUCACCUGGUGCGGUAACUCAUGGUGUCACCCCCAUGGACCUCCUCCCAUACCAGACCAGACAGAAUCCUUAGUAAUGUUUUUGUACUAAUGUUACUCGUAAAUCGUAAUUCCUGUAUAUCACUGAAUGUAAUGGCAAUAGUAGUGACAUAA